AUGUCAGAGCGCGACCGACGCGAACGAGAGAGGGAUAGGGACCGUGACCGCGACCGGGAUAGACGCCGAGAUAGAGACGACCGUGACCGUGACCGCGACCGUGAUCGAGACCGGGAUAGAGAUAGAGAGCGGGACCGUGAGCGAGGAAUAAGGAGCAAAAAGUCCCGAUCUCGGACUCCAGAUCUCCACGCUCGUCCUCCUCGCCACGCGCGCUCUCCGGAGAGGUACCGGUCUCGUUCCCGCUCGAUUGACCGUGACCGUGACCGUCAUCGACACCACAGGCGCAGGACUCCCUCUCCCGAUGCGUCGUCGCGGAAACGGCCUCGCCAGAGCUCAGUGGACGACGAAAAGGAAAGGAAUCGCAAACGAGCUGCGUCCGAUUCCGUCGACGAGAUUGCCAAAGAGCCUGCUAAGACGAAGGAUAAACAACCAAGCGGCGGAAACGAAGCUGAUAAUGGCGGCGGAGGCGGAGGCGAUGCUGAGGAUGGAACGGAUGCUAAUGAGAUAGAGAUGAUGAAGAUGUUAGGGAUUCCAACUGGAUUCGACUCGACGAAAGGCAAACCCGUUGAAGGUGCUGAUGUGAGUGGGAUUAGGGCUGUAACCAAGCGACAGCCGAGGCAGUACAUGAACCGCCGUGGAGGAUUUAACCGUCCUUUGCCGGCAGAGCGUAACCGCUAG